GUCACCGCUCUCUGUACACAAUACAGGAUGGCUUACCAACACUGUCCGUUUGAUACUUUAUUGAUUCUCGACUUUGAGACAACAUCCGAUGCUGCUAAUCAAGAUUACCCGUGCGAAGUCAUUCAGUUCGCGAUCGUUGCCUAUGAUGUCCCAAAUGAUAAAAUUCGUGAGGACAUUAGUUUCAACAAGUACGUCAAACCUGUUCUCAAUCGGACUUUGACAAAGAACUGUGUCGAUUUUACCGGAAUCCCGCAACGUUCCAUUGACACCGCCGACACCUUUGAUGUGGUCUACGAGCAGUUCCAGCAGUGGCUCAUCACGCUUGGAUUGGAAGAAGGAAAGUUCGCUUUCGUCUGUGACAGUCGUCAGGAUUUGUGGCGUAUUGCUCAGUAUCAGAUGAAACUGUCCAAUAUCCAAAUGCCAGCUUUCUUCCGUCAGUACAUCAAUUUGUACAAGAUUUUCACGAAUGAGAUGGAUCGAAUGGGCCCCAAAGAGCUUUCUGCGACGACCAACAUCGGCAAGAUGAACGAAUACUACGAUCUGCCAACCAUCGGACGUGCUCAUGAUGCCAUGGAUGACUGUCUGAAUAUUGCUACUAUUCUCCAGCGAAUGAUUAACAUGGGCGCAAAAGUUACUGUGAACGAGCUGCUGACCUGUUGUGCUUCGUGGCGCAGACAACCGCUGGUCUACAACAAAGAAUGGAGAAGCAGCUUCAUGGACGCUGGAAAGAUUUUCGAAAGAGUCCUGCCACUUGUCGUGACUACAAUUCGCGCAGGCGACUUUCGUCUCGAGAUGUACGGAGUCUGCCGCUAUUGCCGCAAAGGAAUGGAUGUGUGUGGAACAAGUCAUCAGCAGACACCACAUGAUCUCUACAAAAAUGAGGAGGAUCCUAUCCACUUUGCCAAAAUUGCCGGUUACUACUAGAAUCCGUGAACAUCAUCAAUUUAAUACCAAGUUUUUUUUUUCAAAUCGCAUCUCUUCAUUACUUGUCCUUGUACUUGUUACUUGUGAUAAGGAAUUUUUUCCAAGCUCUCCGUGUACUCUGAAACGAGUUUUUAUUCAGAUUUUUACGGUAUUUGCCCAUCACGGGUUUUCUCAUGUCAUUACGUUUUUUGACUUUUGAAUUAUCACAAAUUUUUAUAUUAAUAUAAACUCUUAAUUAUCAA